AUGGCUGAAGUGGAGCGGAGUGAAUCUAAUGGCAGUCUUGACUCAGCCCGCUCAUCAGCCGAUGAAGAACCUCAGCAGGUGGAGGUUGAGGUGGGUAAGUUCGCUGAGAUUCUUGAAGGCCAAAAGUGGGUGAGGUCCUUGCUCUACAAGUCGGAACCAGGCAAAGAUCACUUCACGGCUUGGGGUGAGGCAAAGAUGGUGGGAGUGAUUUCCAUCAAAGCUAUGGCUUUGAAUCAUCAAGCACUUGAGCUCGCUGCGCUUUGGUGGUGCCCGCUCUUUGAUUUCCCACAAUGCAUCCCAGUGCAAGUCAUGAGACAAGAGGAGCCCCGACUGGAAAGGUUCUUCUCCAUCCUGGCGGAGCAUUGGGGGAUUCCAGAGCAAGCCUCGGAGGCAGUGGCUUUGGAUCCCGAUGUGCCGGCGGGUCAAGUGGUGGAGAGGGUUGAAGAGAGUAAAGCCGUGGAACCAGUGGUCAAGAAUCAAGCUGGGGAACCAGUGAAGGGCCAAGUGCUGGAGACAGUGGAGAGUUCACUGGAGAGGGAUGAAGUUGGGGAAGGGCAUGUCACCCCAGGAAAACAGACUUUGGUGGAUGGCUAUGAGGGUGGUGACUCUGCUGCUCCUACUGCUGCUCCUCAAAUUGAGAUCGUUGACUCUCCGGAAUUGGUGGUCAAAGGGAGUGCUGUUGAAUCCCCUGAUUCCCAGCUUGAAGAAUGGAAGAAAAAAAUCUUGUACGGCUCGACUCCUCCGGCUGAGAACUUCCGGUCUUCUUCCGACCCGAUUGAAGAGGCAGUCCGCAAGCGAGUUGAAGCACUGAGGAUUGAACUUGAGCGCCGGGCCAGCAAUCCUCCAGAUCUUCAGCCUCAAGCUGGGAUCAAGAGCAGUGCACUUGGUGGUGGCAACCCUGAUGAAGUGGAGACGCUCCCAUUCUCACCUGGCCCAAUACAGUGGACUACACCAGCUACUUCGCCAGCCGCUCCACCAAGCACCACUCCCGAGCCAGUGGCAAAAACUGCCCUUGAGCAAGCACGGGGUCAUGAGAAGCCUGAGAAGCCAAUCGAGCAUGAGCCACCUUCAGUUGGUGUGGCAACUUCUAAGCCCAAAGAACCUGAAGAAAGUGUGGUUGCCUUGGCAACUUCUGAGCCCAAAGAACUCGAAGGAAGUGUGGUUGCCUUGGCAGCUUCUGAGCCCAAAGAACCCCAAGAAAGUGUGGUUGCCUUGGCAGCUUCUGAGCCCAAAGAACCCGAAGAAAGUGUGGUUGCCUUGGCAGCUUCUGAGCCCAAAGGACCCCAAGAAAGUGUGGUUGCCUUGGCAGCUUCUGAGCCCAAAGAACCGCAAGAAAGUCUGGUUGCCUUGGCAGCUUCUGAGCCCAAAGAACCCGAAGAAAGCCGUGGGACUAGUGAAACCAAGCCAGAACUAGUCAAAGGAGAAGGUGUACUUCCUGAGACCGGUGACUCUCACCUGCCAGGGUCAGCCACUAAAAGCAUGCCUGGGGAUGGGAAGACUGCUGGGGAGCAGUUUCCCUCAUCUCCCAUUGGGGCUGAAGCUUUCAGGGCAGAUCAGCAAAAGCUGGUGGGCAACAUGAAAGGGGAGGAUGAGAGCAAGGCAGAAGAAGAGGACGAAAAGGAGAACCCCCCAAAGAAGAGCCGGGGGAGAAAGAUCAAAGAGCAAGAAGCUGGUGCAAGCAAGGAUGAGAAGACUGAAAAACGAGCGAGAAAAAAGAGUGACAAGCAGGGGGACAACAAGGCGGGUGAUGGCCCUGACGGGGACACUCCAGAAGCAAAGGCCAAGGUAGCAAAAAGAACAAGAAAGCCUGCUGAGACAGAAGCUGACCCAGAGAAAGAGAAGCCCAAUGAGACAGAGAAGGGUUCCAAGCGAAAGGAAUCAACAACGGAGGAGCCCAACAGUGGGAAGCGUGCCCGCACUGGUGAGAGGAUUACCUUUGCUGGCCGCAGGCCACCGCAGGAGCUCUACGCCAAGAACAGGUUUGAUGCUAUGCGAGAAGUCUUCCAGAAGGAAGUUGCCCCGAAGCUGAAGGGCAAGGCCACCACCUACACAGAGGCUUGGUGUUACCAAAGUUUGGCCAAAUCUAAAACAUUCUAA